ACACACACACACACUCUGAUACUGACUUUGAAAGUGCACAUCGAGCCUGGACUGGGUCUAAUUUUACCCCGUCGGAACAGGAAUACACUUGUCCCAUCUGCGAUGGCAGCGGAAUGAAGCGGCCUGCUAAGACUUGCCCUCAGAUGAGCGGCAGAGAGGUGUACCUGUGUGUAGAUGUGUGACAGCGGAGUGUGUGAGGACAAGCCCCCCGCCCCCCCUGUCAGGAUGAGCAGCCAAGGAGGAGGAGCCAAGGACCCCCAGUCAGCCAAUCACAGCUCUCGGCCCCUGCCGUCUGUGCCCGAGGAGAGAAAGUCCAGAAAUAAGAUCAUCUCCAUGUUUGCCUCUGAGAAAGGAGGCAGGAAGAAGGACCGGGACAAGGACCGACCCGAGAUCUCCUCCCCUUCAGACUUUGAACACACCAUCCAUGUGGGCUUUGAUUCAGUCACUGGCGAGUUCACUGGCAUGCCGGAGCAGUGGGCCCGUCUCCUUCAAACCUCCAACAUCAGUAAAUCGGAGCAGAAACAGAAUCCUCAGGCCGUUCUCGACAUCCUCAAGUUUUACGACUCCACCAGUGGAAAACAGAAAUACCUCAGUUUUUCCGCCUCGGAUAAAGACUCUCAGUCGCCAGGCAAGCAGGGCACAGCGGCCUCACAAUCGGGUGGCAAAGACGGAGACGAUGACGAUGAUGACGACACACCACCUCCAGUGGUGGCGCCGCGGCCAGAACACACAAAAUCAGUGUACACCAGGUCGGUGAUAGACCCGCUCCCGGCGUCAGAGGUAGACGGCGCCUCAAAGGCGGCCGACAGACAGAAGAAAAAGGGAGGCAAGAUGACCGACGAGGAGAUCAUGGAGAAGCUUCGAACUAUUGUCAGCAUUGGAGAUCCUAAGAAGAAAUACACUCGCUAUGAGAAGAUCGGCCAGGGGGCCUCUGGCACAGUUUAUACAGCCAUAGAUGUCGCCACAGGACAAGAGGUGGCCAUCAAACAGAUCAACUUGCAGAAGCAGCCGAAGAAGGAGCUGAUAAUCAAUGAGAUCCUGGUCAUGAAGGAGAUGAAGAAUCCCAACAUUGUCAACUUCGUAGAUAGUUUCCUCGUAGGAGACGAGCUGUUUGUGGUGAUGGAGUAUCUGGCUGGUGGCUCGCUAACCGAUGUCGUGACGGAGACGUGUAUGGACGAGGCUCAGAUCGCUGCAGUCUGCAGAGAAGUCCUUCAGGCUCUGGAGUUUCUUCACGCCAACCAGGUCAUCCACCGAGACAUCAAGAGUGACAACGUAUUGCUGGGGAUGGACGGAUCAGUCAAACUCACCGACUUCGGCUUCUGCGCCCAGAUCACUCCGGAGCAGAGCAAACGCAGCACCAUGGUGGGAACCCCGUACUGGAUGGCUCCAGAGGUGGUGACCAGGAAAGCCUACGGGCCAAAAGUGGACAUUUGGUCUCUGGGGAUCAUGGCCAUAGAGAUGGUGGAGGGAGAGCCUCCAUAUCUCAACGAGAACCCUCUCAGGGCCUUAUAUUUAAUCGCCACCAAUGGGACUCCUGAGCUGCAGAGUCCAGAGAAGCUGUCUCCUGUCUUCAGAUCCUUCCUGUCCCGCUGUCUGGAGAUGGAUGUGGAGAAACGAGGAUCAGGGAGAGAACUGCUGCAGCACCCGUUCCUAAAGCUCGCCAUACCGCCAUAAUGUGUAUUGUAUUUGCUGCAGCCAGAGCACGGGUGUGUGUUGUUGAUGUUGACACUGGCUGGUUACUUACUACGGUAUGCAAAUAAGGAAUGAGGCUUCACUGUUGCAAAGGUUCGAGAUUGUUUACACAUGGAGGGCCGUAUCCACAAAGGAUUUUAUCAGUCGCAGGAGGCGUUUCACUAUGAGCAAGAGAUGCCAACAAAGCCCUUCAGGGCUGCAAACUGCAUUUGUCCCAAUUAGUUGCAAAAUUGUGCAAACCAUCAUCUCGGAGUUAAUUAUCAUAAUAUUUAUAUGCAUUACCUGUAGCAGGUAAAUAAGUCAAUGCUCAUUGGAUUUGGCAAUUAGUCUUUGAUGAAGUUGCUUUUAUUUUGAGCCUUUUUAUUGGCUUUAUUAUCAGCAGCUUAUUUUAGCCAUUAGAUGUUUAUUACAUUUUUAUUUCUAUCUGGUGUAAUUUUCUGAAAACACCACUUGAGAUAUUUCCCAAUAUCACAAGAACUUUGGAGUGUGGGGAGACUGGAACCUUUGCAACUGGUUCCUGCUGCAUCCUUGCCGGGUAAAAAUAGCGUGGAAAGUGUCCCAAUACUUUGAUGUACUGCAGCCCACACCAUCGGACAAUGCAGCCUUUGUGCGGCGGGGAAAAGGUCAAUCAGUAUGUCCUUAUUUGCCCUGAACGUCACUGGAAAUGAAACCAUUCCAGUGAAAGGAAUGGGAUUCAAGCUGUUGUACGUGAAACAUUCAACUCUUUCUAUAACAGUAGAGAACGAGGCAGCCGUUGCCAGGCACCCAAAUACACUAUCAUAGAUAAACUUGACUCGGUCCUCACACCUCUGCUGUCAAACUGUCCGUGCACGGUCCUCUGCACACUAUGCAAACCCAUCUGAACACUCACCUUUCUUCUAGAUGUUUUGUUUGUCAUUAGCUUUACCUUUUACAAUAGAUCCUUAUAGAGCCUUACCGUUGGUGCGAGUUUCACGCAAAAACGGUGUGAAAUUGUGUGUGAAUGCGUUGAACUGGAGACUUUGACAUUUUUUUAUAUUGUGUUUUGUUCCUUUUUUUUUAUUUUUUUUUAACAGCUUUUAAAAAGUAUGUUUUUCAUUGUUGGAUGUUUUGUAAUUAACACAACAAAAGACAUUUUCUUUGUGUACACAAAUUUCUGUACCAAUUCAUCCUGAGUUCCCUGAGUUGUGUAAUGAUGGACUCAAAACCACAAAAUGUGUUGAUGAGCCUGAGACAAUCGAGUCCAGCAGUGUUUGGAGGUUGUGUUUUGACCUGCUUUGAGUACUACAUGAGACGGGUUUUUUACCUCUAAUUCCAGUUUUAGAAAAUUUGAUUAAAAGCCUUUGAACUUAAACAGAUGUUGGAUGUAAAACCCACUCGUAUGGUGCUCAACAGGUUGGACACAAACACACAAACGGACCUGUUGAUACUUUCAACAGGCUGGAAAACAUCUUCCAGUUACACGUUUGUGUGGGUGGUUGAUUUCCAAAGGAUUGUGUUGUUGUAAAUCAUGAAACCAACAACUUCUGGCUUUGAAUAUCAUCCACACAGUAUGUAAAUUAUUAUUAAAGGUGGACUUAAGG